CGAACUCCCGCCGUCAACCAAAAUGAAAUCAAAAAGAAAAGCUUGCCCUCUGUCGGGUUAUCACAUUUACGUUACGAGUAUGAGAUAGUGACGUCUUGGAUUAAGACUUGACUAGGACUUGACCGUAGAAAAUGGACCCUUUCUCAUGAACUUGACUUAGUAAUGAGUGGACAAUUUGUCGUUUUGCAUCAGACUGAUUGUAACGCCAUUAUUGUAACUGGAUAACAGAAAACCAAUACACAGUUUAGAUUGUGCAUGGUGGUCAACAGAAGAAAAAGGCAUGGCAGCGGGCGUGAGGAGAGGUGAAUUUAUUCCAGGUGUAUGUUAGCCAGUAAGAGGGGCAUCAACAGCUACGGUUGCAUCGUGCGUGGCCGCACUGAAUUUCGAGGGUCAACUGAUGCUUGUAACAGAUUCAUUGACAGACGGAAGUUUUCUCAUCCAUCAUUUUCUCUCUGUAUUCCUAAAAGGUGACCACAAGGUUUGUUUCUUAGCCUUAGCGCAGUCAUUCAGCCAUUACAGUGCCGUUGCACAGAAACUAGGAGUGAAUCUCGGUAUUGCAAGAAGGAACGAGCAGCUAACAUUAGUCAAUGGUUUAGACUUCUCACUGCAGCUAAUGCAUGAUGGCAUGGAGGAAAGCCAUAAAGAUGAACGGAUGAUAUUACAGUGUCUAAAAGAUGACAAAGUUUCAGUCAGACCGUUGUACAACAUCAUCACAGAGUCAUUUGCCCAAGACCACCAAGAGAACAGUGGUAGCAGAUUGAUUUUAAUUGAUGACUUGAGUGUGCUGAUCUCAUUGGGACUGACUGUUCAGCAAGUGAUGCAGUUCAUUCACUACUGUCAGACUUCACAGCCUGAUGCAACCAUAGUGUGUUUAGUACACUCUGAUGCUGAUGUGGAGGAUGAUAUCAAUCUGUCUCUAAUCACACAUCUCAGGCAUCAGUGCCAUUGCUUCCUUCAAGUACAGGGAUUAGGAAGUGGUUUCUCAAAGGAUAUUCAUGGACAGUUAACGAUCAUCAAGAGGGAUCCAGAUGGUACCAGACCAAACCGCAACCAACCGGAUAGGACUCUGCAGUACAAAAUACUGGACAAGUCUGUGACAUUUUUCGCUGUUGGGACAUCAUCAGCUGUGUUAUGAGACAAGCCACUUUGUGACUUUUGGAUUGUGAACAUCAAUAACAAGGGUCAGCUGUCUGCUGUUUCUCAUUAUUUAUAUGCAUGUGUCUGUAUCUGUAUCUUCACGAGCCGCAUAAACAAAAACUGGCAUACUGCACAAUCUCCUCAUAUCAGGAUCUACACAGGUGACUGAGCAGCAAGAUUGACAUAAAGUGGCCCCCUGAUGUCUCAGAUUAAACUGUAAUUGAAUAAAACAAUUGGUGUCAAUUACAGCUUGUCAAGCUCCUGUAAGGACUGCUCGCCAGGGCAACUGUGAAAUCAAGUCACUGGUGAUGUGGGCAGCUGUUCAAAGGCCAGCUCCACACUCGGGCUUAACCAUCCAAAACAUUUCGCCCGGAAUCAACCAUGAUCAGUACGGCAUCUGUUAUUAUCGGCACUAAGCUGCUCUGGGCAGGUGACAUUCGAGUGGCUUGGUUUGUCUAUAUAGCCAUGCAGCAUUGAUGUCGACUUUAGUUCAAACUUCUUCCCAUUGAUGUGUCGCCCAGGAGACUGGAUUGUGAUAGUCAGCAUUACAUAAUAAAAGUGUUCUUUAUUGAGGAAGGCAGGCAGACACAGAACGAGGAACAUUAGAUCAAACUUUUCUAAAAAUGCCACCAUAACAAGAUCAGAAGCCCCCCCCCCCCAGGUAGAAAGUUCUUCUUUUUAAUAAUAAUAAUAACAAGUUCUUAUAUAGCGCAUUUCACAAAAACCUUCUCAAUGCGCUUUACGAUCCUGAUUCCCUUCAAAUGUAAAUCCUCAUAGUGCAACUGAUCAGGGUUAUAACAUUGUUAUCCACACAUUUGUGGCGAGUCUUGCUGAAAACUGCAGGCCUCAAAAUAACCCAUGGCACCCACAGCAAUUGCCCAAGUGCCGUGUGCUUUUGCUGUGGUGCCCUGUGC